AGUCACGCAAGACGAAGCCAUUGACCAUCAUCCUUCUCCUCCAUCGCGAUUCUAGCUAUAGAGAUAGAAAAGGCAGAAGUCGGGCGCCACACAGCACUGUCAAUCAACCAGUUUCCCCGCCGCUCCAGCUUCCUCGUCGUAACACUACUAGUCUCGAUCACUCGCACUAGAAUUCCGUUUCUUCGACGACGAUCACUCCACAACCAGGCUAUCAGCUGCUCUUCUUCCGACUCCUCUAGUCGCGGUUACUUCAACGGGGUUUUUAAACCCUUUUCUCUCUCCCUCACCACAGUUCUAAUCCAGGCUAGCAGCGAUACGCGAUAAGAGAUGGCUCAAUACUGGGCGUCCCGUCUCUCAUAUCUCCUCGACGAGUCAUUCGAGGAAGAGGAGCCCGCCAUGCCUAACCCCCACCCGGCCCUCGGGAAACUCCCGCGCCCCAGCAUGCUCCAGAUCCCCGUCUUCAACCCGCCGCCGCCCUCCCCCUCCCCGCUCCCCUACUUCUACCAACCGCCGAAGCGCGUCGCGGCGCCGCAGCCGCAGAAGAAGCAACAGCGCAAGAGACGGUACAGAAUAUGGGACGAUCUCCCCACGCCGAUCGUGUACGAGAAGUACGAGCCGGUAGCGCCGGUAGCGGCGGCGGCGGCGGCGGAGAAGCCCUGCAGGCCCGAGACGUUCACAGAAAUUUCCCUGGAAGGUUCACAGGAGCAAAAAUCGGAGAAUCUCGAGAGAUCCCUGGAGGUUCCUGCAUCGACGGCGCUGGUGCCUUCGUUGUCCUCCUCCUCGUCAAGGGAAAGUCUCGAUAUACGCGGCUUCGCUUCAAGUAGCAGCACUGAUAGCCGCCGCAGCAGCAGCAGCGUGAGCAGCAGCGAGGGGGGCGCAGUGUACAGCUUGGCGCGGAAGCCGCGCAACCACCGCGACGGGUGCGUGUGCGUCGUGGAUACCUCGCUCCUCUGGUCUUCCCUCCUCUCCACACUCUUCCGCGCCCCUCUCCCCGCCCUUCCCGCCGCCGGCCCGACGGUCUUCCCCGUGCUCCUUUCCCGGGAGGCUUCCGCAGCCGAACGCUCCGUUUAUGACCUGAAAUCACCUGCGCCGCGUGUGCCGAGCACAGACGCCGCCGAGCUGCAGGAGGUUCCUCAGGGUAUGAAAACGAUCGCGGAGCUUAUGGGAUUAGAUUCUGAGAAGCUGCUGCUACAGAUGGCUGGCUUGGGUAGUAGCCCAAUGUCCGUGCUUACGCCCACAGCUUCGGUGAAAUCGUCCGAACCUAGUCCGAUCCUGGUGCCUAUGGCUAUCGCGUGGUAGCCUGGUCUUGUAACGAAUUUCGUGGCGGGAAACCUGCGGUUACAGUAUCAAGGGAGACACAUCAGAGGAAGGCGAGGGGAUUGAAAAAGUUACACCAUGAAGUGUAACACUGUAGAUUAUUGUAUUUGCCACUCCAGUUAGAUACACUGUAUGUAAUUUGCUUCUGCUGGGGACUAUGCUCAGCAGAAGCUUGACCCCCCUACUGAAUUGGUGGAGGGGCUUUGUGCCUGAUUGAUCAAUACAGUUCCGUAACUGAAAGCACCAAGGAUGUGGACA